AUGUGGCUUAGUGCUGUAGGUAAAUCACUUCUAGUUUAUCACGUUUUAGUAUGUACGGUUUCGGGUGAGAAAAAUGUUACAAACAACAAUAACAACAACGUUAUCAGUAGUGUAUGGAAUGAUACAGUAUCUCCAGUGGAGUUGUUAGGGUUAGGUUCUGGAGACUAUGGACUUCCUAGAGUGAAUAGUGAUGGAAAUUCUACAAACUCCGGGUCAAAGUUUGAUCAGGCGUCUGCUCCAGGUCUGGUAGCAUCGGGCUCUGAUGUUGUCCCAUUGUUGGCACAUGUCGAGGAUCUAGUCCCAGCAGCUUCCAAGCAUUGGAGCAAGGGUGGAGGGGAGGAGCAUCACUCCGAUCACCAUUCCAAGCAUGGACACAAGAAGAAGAAGGGAUACCAUGGGGAACAUCACCAUCAUAAGGGUAAAAAAGGGCACCAUGAUAAAGGAGGUCAUAAAAAGCAUCAUAGUGAACAUGGGGGUCACAAGAAAAAGUACCACCACAAGGAUGGAUACCACAAGGAGGCACACAAGGGGGAGAAGGGUCACAAGGGACACAAGUACCACGACAAACACAAGUACAAGAAGGGACACCACACAAAGGGCAAACACGAGGUGCACAAGUUGGACGAAUACAAGAAACACAAGAAAUUCUUCGACGAACACCACGAUGCCGGACACCACAAGAAGGGCGGCGGAUACCAUAAGAAGCACGGACACAAGAAGGGUGGACACUACAAGAAGGGUCACAAGCAUUCCGGUUACCAUCACGACCAUAAGGGCAAGAAGGGCAAGCACCAUAAGGGCAGUCACCAUAAGCACCAUAAGGGCCAUAAGAAGGCAGGAGGUCACGACGAGAAGUGGAAGCAUCAUUCUGAUUAUGGAAAGAAGGGAGGUCAUGAGGAACACAAGAAGUGGGGAUUCAAGAAGAAGGACUGAUGAGGUUUGUCUGCAAGUUCCAGGUUUUGCUGAGACCUUCAAUAGUGUUGGUUUGGUCAUCAAUUUGAAGACACCUGAGGUAUGUACACAGUUCUAAGAUAAUGAAAUGUGCAUCAGGAUGAGAUCGGAGUUCAUCCAACA